AAGUCCACUGUUAAAUUUUAGAUUCAAAAUGUUAAGAGUUUAAUGUAAACCUUAUGAUAAUGUUGAAUUAAUUCGAGAUCAAAUUAUGGAUGUUAUGAAUGAAUAUCUAUAAGAAAAUGAUGGGUAAGAGUCUUCAUUUAUUUGUUAAAAGAAAACUUAUCAAUGUAAAAGUCAUUUCAAAUAACCAAAUUGCAGUAUACUUUGUAACAGGAAUAGAAAUGGAUGACAAUAACUGGGAACAGUAAAUUACUAGAGGGCCAUUAUAGAAAUUUACUAUUUUAUCUAAUUCCAUAGAAAUUAGACCUUCACGAUUUUGAAUUGAAAAAAAUUGAUGAUUUCUAUUUUUAUUUUUAAUUAUAUACAAUGGGAAAUAACUCGUCAUAGCAUAAAAGUCAUCCCAAGCCUAAAAUAAAGAAAAAAGAACAAUUUAAGAAAUUUUUUGCAAUAAAGAAGGAUAUGUAAGCUUCCUAAUCAAAUAUAUUAGUCUCUUUUCUAAGUUGUCUUAAAAAACAGCAUCUUUAAUAACAAGCUUUUUAAAUAUUUAAGAGUUCAACAAUCUACUUUAAGCAUCUAAAGUUACAUUUGAAAUAUUUAAUUAAACGUCUGGUUGCUUUUAAAUAGAAUGCUAAAGACUUCUUAAUGUGAAGUGUGAGUUAAUAUAAUCUAAAAAUUGGAAAUUCAUAUUAUAAAGUGUAAUGUGCAUUCCAAUCAGAACUCUACCAUAUGGAGAAGCAAUUAAAAGUGUGAGAUUAAACAUCAAAUAGUUUCCAAUCUUUAUAGAAUAGAAAAUAAAUUAUAGUGGAUUUUAGAAAGCCAUUCUAUAUUAUGAAAAUUAACUUAAUGAAUAAAAAAAAGUUAUUAAGAGUUUUGAUUACCAAUAAGCACUACAGUUUGCAUCUAAUAAUACAGAUAUAAUAUUAAGAUUAAGGUAAGGACUUGAAAUUCAUACAUAAUUACCAGAUCUCUUAAUGUUAAUAUAUAAUUUGCAGGAUUAUAUAAAAAUAUUUUGCCAAUAUUUGGAAAUAAGAUUUUCGAAAUGUAACUUAGAAUAAUUCAUCUAAAUGUGGUAACAUUAUCAAGGAUGGAUAAGUUCAGUAGAAAAUCAAACUUUUGACUUAAUAUACUAAUUUAAUAGAAUUAUUGAUGAAAGUUUACCUUAAUUUAAAUUACCAAAAUAUACCAUAAGACAUUUCAUGGUAUGUGAAUGGUUGAAAAAAGCUGACAAAGGAGAAAUAAUAGUCAAGUUAAGAGAAAAUUUUAGAUUGAAAAUGAUAGAAUGUAGAAAUUAAAAUUAAAAAUCUUAGUUUUUAAAAUAAUAUGUUUAAUAUCUAAUUGAUAUUAGUACUAAUUAAAAUAACAUAACAAAAUAUGGUUAUUAUAACUUUUAAUAUUGUUAAGAACUUAAUUAAUUAAUUACACUAACAAUUGAUUUAACUCCUAAAUUAAAUAUUGAAUACUAAUAGGAUGAGGAUUUAUUAAUAUUUAUAUUUGGAUAGUAUGUAUACAAUUAUUAUAUAUUUGAAAUGUUAUCUUCAUUUAGAGUAGAAUAAUUCAAACAUUAAAUUAAGUAAUUUCAUUAAGAGAGUUAAUAAAUGUCUAAAAUAUUAGUGAAAAACUUUGAAGAUUAACAUAAUCAGAAUAGUAUAUUUGGAAAUGAAAAUUCUAACUUUAAAUAUCAUUUAUCUAUAUAAUAUAAUGUUUAACUAAAAAUUAGAUCCUUAUUUAAGUAAGUAUCUCUAAUGGAUGAGGAUAUUAGUAAUUCAUCAGAUAAUAUUGUAGCAGAAAGUAUAGGAACAUCAGGGAUUUCAUUAACUUCUACUAAUUGUAGUUCAGUAUUUUCAAGUGUAAAAAAUAAUGAUUAAUUAUAUCAUUAUAUUAAAACUUAUUAAAAAGAAUUAUUUAAUAAAAUUUAAAGAUUUUAUUGUAAAGAAUAAGAAGUGUACUAAUACUCAUAAGAACAAGAAUAAGGAAGUGAAGCUAUAUAUGAUGUUCCAGAGUUGGCUUAAUACGAACAUCUUUAAUAUUAAAAUCUUAUUGAUUAAAUUUUGAAUAGAACUAAAAGAUCAAAUGCAAUAUAUUAAUUGGAAAGAAGAUAAACUAUUUUAACAUCUUAUUAUCAUGAUGACCAUUAAUAAAUCUAAACUCAAACUCUUAAUCUAGCAGAAUAAUUAAUUAAAUAAGUUUUCAAUUGA